CUCACGAAUCGUAUUUAGUUAUACUUCUACAUCAACCAGGUGUAACUCAUGCAGUGAGGUGUUCAAAAUUUACACCAACAGAGCUAACUCUGUUACGGUAUGAAAGUCUCCGAAGAAGCUAAUGUUAAAAAUAAAAUUAGUUUAAGGUUUCGUGUUCAAUAUUUUAAAACUCCGAAUAAUUUCACUUCGCAUUUGCCUCCUGGUCUCUCGAAAAUUACCGCUAAAUAGUGGCAUUUUAUUGAAAUACGUGAUUGCAUCUGUUUCUGAAGGUUCUGAACAAAGUUUCUCUGCAAACAGCCAUACACCAUGUCGUUUAUGGAAACGAAAAGAAUAAGUGAUUUAAAUCCAUAUAGCUUUAAUGUGUGCAUUUUGGUUGUCGUAAGUAGAUUGACAGCAAUUAAAACGUCGAAAAAUGGAAAUCCAUUCUUCAACUUUGUCGCAACGGAUGCGUCUGGAGAGAUUGAAGGCGUUUGCUUUGAACCGGCACUGCAUGAAAAACUACAGGAAGGGGCAUCAUACCGAUUGACAAGAUUUCUCGUAAAACCUAAUAAAUUCAACAAUAACCAGUUCUAUAUUCUUUUAAACAGAGCUACUUUGAUUGAGAGAAUACAGCCCCUACGAAUUAACGUAGCCACUAAGUUCAUUACGAUUGAUGAGAUCUUCAAAUCCGGUCAAGACGGGCAACUUAUUGAUUUUAAAGGACAUCUACUCGAAAAACCGACAAUUACUCAUGAAAAUACACCAGAUAAUAAAGUAUUCGAUAAGUUAACAGUUCAAGUGACCGAUGAGGAAAAUGUUAUGGCGAUUACGAUGACUGCCCUUAAUGAUAACAUUUUCCGGGAGAAGUAUGAAGAAAACACCAGGUUCACAUUACUAAGUGGAAUUAUUAAAGUGUGGGAAGGACAAAAAUCCAUACAGAUCAUUGCUCGAAGCAUUAUCAAAUUCGAAAGACCAGAUGUACCAUACUAAAGGGGAGGCUCACACCCAAAAUUCAACGUUAUACCUAUAAUUUUUUGGAACUACUUUUCAUCCAAAAUUAAACACAUCCCAGUUUUGUCUGUAA